UCUCUAACCAAAUUCAAACACCACAUAACAUUUUUUCCCUAAUGUUGAAACUUGCAUUGUCCUUCCUCUUAGUUCUGUUCCCAUUGUUGUUCCAUAGUUCCUUAGGCAACAACAUCAUCAACACCACUUCAUCUUCAACACUUUGUGGCACAAAAUCUUGCCCCAAUGGACCUAACAUAAGUUACCCUUUUUGGCUCUCACAUGGUUCUCCCCCUCAAGAAUAUUGUGGCUACCCAGAAUUUGGUUUAAUAUGCUUAGACGAUGGCAACACCAUUUUCUCUCCACCACCAGGUUUAUACUAUUAUGUUAAGCACAUAGACUAUGAUAACCAUAGCAUUAAGCUUAUUGAUUUCGACACCACAAACCAAACAUGUCCAAGGGCACUUCAUGGUUUUCCAAUAGGGAACUUACCUCUUUCUCAUUCUUCAUUGAACUUGAACCUUAGCUUUUACUAUAACUGUUCUACUUCUACUACUUCACACCCUUCUAAUGUUCCUGAUAUAAGUUGUUUGAGGCAAGGGUCAAAAGAGUCUUUUGUGUUCUUGAAGGGGAAUGAGAGCAAGGGUUUUGAUUGGUCAGAGAGGUGUGAGGAGAAUGUUGAUGUGACAGUGAUGAAGGAUGAGAUUAGUAGUAAUGGUGGUGAAUAUGGUUUGGUGAGUGAGUUUGGUAGGGCUAUGAAUGAAGGGUUUGUGCUUGAAUGGGAAACUGAAGAGACUUGCAAAGAGUGUGAGGCUUCUGAGGGAUAUUGUGGAUACAGUAGUACUAACAAACAGAUCUUGUGUUUCUGCAAGGAUGGUACUGUAAGGACCAACAAUUGUCAAGUAGCAGGGGAAAGCAAGAGCAGGUUGUCGAAAUUAAUUAUAGGUUUCAUAGCUGCAGGAAUUGGAGUAUUGCCUAUAACAUGCAUCAUACUUUACAUUUUUAGACACAAACUAUCACCAAUCAUGCCUGAAAUUUUGAAGAUAAAAAAUAACGACCAAGAUAUUGAGGCCUUCAUGAAGACUCAUGGACCCAUAGCCAUAAAAAGAUACACUUAUUCAGAUAUCAAGAAGAUGACCAAUUCUUUCGAGUCGAAACUCGGGGAAGGUGGUUAUGGAGAAGUAUACAAAGGAUUCCUUAACAAUGGUGGUCCUGUGGCUGUAAAGCUUCUCAAAGCUUCCAAAGGGAAUGGUGAGGAGUUCAUCAAUGAGGUCACGAGUAUUAGUAAAACAUCUCAUGUAAACAUUGUUGCAUUACUCGGAUUCUGUCUCGAAGGUAACAAGAAAAAAGCUCUUGUUUAUGAAUUCAUGCUGAAUGGAUCACUUGAAAAGUAUAUACAUAACAAUGAUCCUAUAACCAAUCCACCUUUGAGUUGGGAAAGGCUACACCGGAUUGCGAAAGGGAUAGCUCGAGGGUUAGAAUACUUGCACCGAGGUUGCAACACGAGGAUUCUCCAUUUCGACAUAAAACCAAAUAACAUCCUCCUAGACAAGAACUUUAACCCUAAAAUCUCGGAUUUCGGGUUGGCUAAGCUUUGCUCAAAGACACACAGCAUUGUCACAAUGUUGGAUGCUAGAGGGACAAUAGGGUACAUAGCUCCAGAAGUAUGGAACAGACACUUUGGUGGAGUGUCGCAUAAAUCUGAUGUAUAUAGUUACGGAAUGAUGAUUCUGGAAAUGGUGGGAGGGAAGCAUAAUAACACAAAUGCUGAGGUAACUAGUCAUUCUAGUGAGUUGUAUUUUCCUCAUUGGAUAUACAAGCAUAUUGAAAAUGACAAGAGUAGUGUAGCAUGGCAAGGUGCUACUAUGAGCAAUGAGGAAGGUGAGAUAGUGAGAAAAAUGAUCAUUGUAGGGUUGUGGUGCAUUCAAACAAUUCCAUCAGAAAGACCUCCAAUGAGUAGGGUCAUUGAAAUGCUUGAAGGAAGCAUUGAUUUGUUGCAAAGUCCACCUAAGCCUUUUAAUUUUUCCCCAACUCAAACCAAAGUGGAAUCUUGUACAACUUCUACCACGAGUGAUUCAUUUUCCCCUGCUGAUUAAGUGACUAGUAUAAUCAUAGAUAAGUUUUUUUUAGCGUGUUAAUA